AUGCCGGAUGGUCCACGUCCGACCAAGGUCAAUUCGAGGGAGGAAGAUGCAGCAACUGAACCAGUCACAGAAGCCUCAGCCCCUGAUAAUGUCCCUCGCAUGUCGCCGAUGCCUGUGCCUGUCGUGGAAGAGCCGCCCUCUAACGAUGGCUCGUCUUCGGGGGAAAAACUCAUCGUGCUCGGUAUCCGACAUACAUGGUCCGUCAGCGCCAUCGAUGGCGUCUCCACCCCACAACGUCCGGUCGCUGUCGAGGUCUUCUUUGAGCGCGGUGUUGAGCUUGCAUGA